AUGAUUCAUGUUGUCGGAGAACUUUCUCACAAAGUCAUCGGGUUUGAUCUUUCGGCCCACCCAACAGGCGUUGUUAGUCCAAUUCAUGGCUUCGACCCUAACGUCAUUCCAUCAAAUGUUCAUCUGGCUCAUCAGUACAUGAUGGAUGCAGCCGAGAUAUAUGGGGAAGGCAUAUCAAGGAACCGUGAGCCGCAUCUGACCGACGUUCCUGAUAGCUUACCAUCUGGCGACAGUAUCGCAAUCAUUCUGCUGUCAGGAGAUGGUCGAAAAGUCGAAGGAAUCAAGCAUGUGCUGACGGAUCUUGAUGUCAUCCGCGGCAUGCGAAUCAGUGAUGAUGGUAAGUAUGUCGUUGCUGUUGGGCAAGUAGGUGGCGGGGUAGAGGUGUAUAGUAUCUCCGGUGAUAGAGCUGAUGUGUGGACGCGGGUGGCCAGACUCAACGAAGGUUUGGAAAGUGGUAUCAAGCAUGCUGUCUGGCUAUAA